AUUAUUUUUCAUUUUUAUAUACUACUUAAAAACAUUAUUUAUAGUAGUUUCCAUGGUAACUCUGCUUUCUGAUGAAAGUCUGUAGAACUGCACAAAUUAGCCUCAUGGCCUCUAACCUACUGUAACAUGGACAUACAUAUGAAGGGGAAUUAGUCAUUUAUUUAUUUAUAUUUUUAUAGGUGACUCUCGGGGUCAUUUUCACCUUUCCUUUGUGUUUUUCUCUCCGCCAUCAUCAAUCACGGCCCAAUCAUCUCCCGGUGUUAGCUGAAUACAGGGACAGCCUGUCAUCAAAGGCAGUGGGGUCGCCCUUAUCACCCACGGUCCCACAGGUGCAGAGCUCAGUCCACUCUAACUAAAAUGACAGAAGGAGCUCUGCGCCUCUGGCUCGUCCUAGCUCUCCAGCUGAGAUGCGUCACCCUGCUCGCCAUCCCGCGGGACAGAGGCACGGCGGCGCGGCGGGAGGGUUCGGAUGAGACGGAGACUGCAGGCGAGAAGCUGGACGCGCAGUUCCACCUGAGGGAUUUACCCAGAGGUCCAGCGUUGGCUCCUCACAAGAAGGCGCCUCAGUUUAUGUUGGAUCUAUUUAACGCGGUGUCAGUCUCAGAUGGGACCCCAAAAAGCCAGAAGGAGAUUCUGGAGGGAAACAUAGUGCGAAGCUUUGAGGAUAAAGGUCACGCUGGAGAGAGGUUUCACUUCUUCAACCUGUCGUCUUUCGGCAGAGAGGAGAGGAUGAUCAAAGCGGAGUUCCGUUGGUUCAGAAAGAAACAGAAGUUUUACCUGGGAAAGUCACACGGGCCUCAUUUCUACAAGGUGGAUCUGUAUGAGGUGCUGGACAGCAGAGUGAAGCCCUGGAGAGGAAACCUCAUCACAUCCAGACUGGUGCCUCUCUACACACAGGGAUGGGAAGUCUUCAACGUAACUCAAACGGUAUCCAAGUGGAUCCGUAACAGCCAGGAGAAUAACGGCAUCCUGGUGGUGACCACGCUUCCUUCUGGUAACUGGAUGGAGUCUGUGGUGUCCUCAUCUAAACAGAACGCAGAUCUGACAGAUGUAAACUCCUACCUGGUCAUAUUCUCAGAUGAUGGGAGGGCAGGAGCAUCAAACCAGUCGUACCUGGGCCAAGCUCAACCUGCAGCAGCAGCAGCACCUGAGCGCCAUGACCCCCGCAGCAGGAGGCGACGUGCAGCUUCAGGCUUGUUACCGCACGGCCACUCCCAGUCCUGCCAGCGGGUUCCCCUCUUCGUUGACUUUGAGGAGAUCGGCUGGUCGGGUUGGAUCAUCUCUCCCCGGGGAUACAACGCCUACCACUGCAAAGGCUCCUGUCCGUUCCCGCUGGGGGGCAGCCUCAGAGCAACCAACCACGCCACGGUGCGCUCCAUCAUGCACGCACUCAAGCUCUCUAGCGAUGAUGUAGGAGCGCCCUGCUGUGUGCCUGACAGACUCCAGUCCAUCAGCUUGUUAUACUUUGAUGAUGAGGAGAACGUGGUUUUGAAGCAGUACGACGACAUGGUGGCAUUAAGCUGCGGCUGUCACUGACUGGCUGUGCACUCUUUCACACUGGGACAAUGAGGGAUGGGAGAUGAUGGUUUGCUUGAGUUGAUUAAAACACUGUAUUUUUGUGCAUAUGUUUAAAUAUUGUAUUAUUUUGAGAA